CUCAGUGUGCGCGUGCGCAUUGUCAGCUGCGAUCAAAUACAUCCCUGAAUCAGAUUUGUGUUUUCAUUCCUUGUUAGAAAAAAAGAUUUAGCUGAAAAAUGCCAAAGAAAUCAAAAGAAGUAGCUGAAUGGGAAUGUGAUGACGAACCACAAACAGAUAAACUUAUCAAGAAAGGAAAAAAGGAUAAGAAGGGCAAGAAGAGUUUUUUUGAGGAGCUGGCAUCAGAUAAUAAACCUGAGAAAGAAGAGCCACCAGUGAAAGAGACACAAGGCAAACAGCCUCAGAAGAAAAAGAAAGAAAGGCGGAAAGGGAAAGCAGGAGACAAUGAUGGUGAUGAAGAUGAAGAGGUCAUGCAGCGUCUCAAGAAACUGUCAGUUCAGCCCAGUGAUGAAGAAGAGGAAGAGGUUGUUGUUCCAGUCAAAGGUGGAAAGAUAAAUGUGAAAAAAGGUGGCAACAUAUUUGCUGCUCUGAGUCAGGGUCAGAGUGAUGAUGAAGAUGAAGAGGAUGCAGGUGGAGAUGAUGAUGAUGAUGAUGAGGAGGAUGAUAAACCCAAAAAUAAGAAGGGCUCUAAGGAAGUUGAGAAGGUAACCAAGGGCAAGAAAAAAGAUAAGGCUAAACCUAAAGUAACAAAGGAGGCCUCUGAGGAUGAACAAGAUGAAGGGCUGGAGAAGAAAGAUGAGAAUGAAAAGAAAGGAGUGAAAAAGGGCAAAGGGAAGGGUGCUGCUAAAGCAUCUAAGGAGGAAGAUGAAAUAGAACAAGAGAAAUCUCAGAAGAAAGGCAAGAAGGAGCCGCCCAAGAAAGGGAAGCCUGCUCGCCCUCCUCCUAGUGAUGAUGAGGAUGAAGAGGAGGAGAAGAGAGAUGACAAUGACACAAUGAUGUGCGCAGAGGAUGCGCUCAUGGCUGAGCAGGCCAAUGAAAAUCAAGAGGAGAAUCCCUUUGCUAACAUGAGUAGAAAAGAGAAGAAGAAGAAAAAGAAAACGAUGGAGUUUGAGCGUCAGGUGGCCAGCGUGCGUGCUCAGAACGCUAUAGAGGGAGACUUCUCCGUCUCACAGGCUGAAAUGUCCUCACGCCAGGCCAUGCUGGAAAACGCCUCAGACAUCAAGUUGGAAAGAUUCAGCAUUUCAGCUCAUGGUAAAGAGCUGUUUGUUAAUGCAGACCUUCUGAUAGUCGCUGGGAGACGGUAUGGUCUCGUUGGACCAAAUGGGAAAGGAAAAACUACUUUACUGAAGCACAUUAAUAACAGAGCUCUAAGCAUUCCUCCAAAUAUUGACGUGCUGCUUUGCGAACAAGAGGUGGUGGCGGAUGACACUCCUGCAGUUCAAGCGGUGCUGAAGGCAGACACACGCAGACUGAAGCUCAUGGAUGAGGAAAAAAGGCUGCAGAGUAGACUGGAGAAAGGAGACGACAGUGUUUCUGAGAGACUUGAGAAGGUAUAUGAGGAGUUGAGGGCGAUCGGAGCAGCGUCAGCAGAGGCUAAAGCUCGUAGGAUCUUGGCUGGUCUGUCUUUCACUCCAGAGAUGCAGAACAGACCCACCAAGAAGUUCUCUGGUGGAUGGAGGAUGAGAGUGUCAUUGGCCAGAGCAUUGUUCAUGGAGCCCACUCUGCUAAUGCUGGAUGAGCCCACAAACCACCUGGAUUUGAACGCCGUCAUCUGGCUUAACAACUACUUACAGAGUUGGAAAAAGACGCUUUUAAUUGUGUCCCACGACCAGAGUUUCUUAGAUGAAGUCUGUACAGAUAUCAUUCACCUGGACAACCAGAAACUCUAUUACUACAGGGGCAACUACUUGACGUUUAAGAAGAUGUACGUUCAGAAACAGAAAGAACUCCUGAAGCAGUACGAGAAACAAGAGAAAAAGCUCAAAGACCUGAAGGCUGGAGGAAAGUCCACCAAACAAGCUGAGAAACAGACGAAAGAGGCUCUGACGAGGAAACAGCAGAAGGGCAAGAAGAAAAGUCAAGAGGAGGAGAGUCAUGAGGCCACAGAGCUCCUCAAGAGGCCGAGAGAAUACACUGUCAAAUUCACCUUCCCUAACCCUCCUCCACUCUCGCCACCAAUUCUUGGCCUGCACAGUGUAGACUUUGGUUAUGAAGGCCAGAAGCCUCUAUUCAGGAAUGUGGACUUUGGAAUUGACAUGGAGUCUAGAAUAUGUAUAGUUGGACCCAAUGGAGUUGGGAAGAGUACACUCCUUUUGCUUUUGACUGGGAAAUUAACUCCUACAAAAGGAGAGAUGAGAAAGAACCACCGAUUGAAAGUAGGUUUCUUCAACCAGCAAUAUGCUGAUCAGCUGAACAUGGAGGAGUCUCCCACAGAGUACCUCCAGAGGAAUUUCAACCUUCCUUACCAGGAUGCCAGGAAAUGCCUUGGUCGCUUUGGUUUAGAGAGCCACGCACACACCAUCCAGAUCUGCAAACUCUCUGGCGGUCAGAAAGCAAGAGUGGUAUUUGCAGAACUCUCCUGUCGGCAACCUGAUGUCCUCAUUCUUGAUGAGCCCACUAACAACUUGGACAUUGAGUCGAUUGAUGCACUAUCAGAAGCCAUCAAUGAAUACAAAGGGGCUGUGAUAAUUGUGAGCCAUGAUGCCAGGCUGAUCACUGAGACCCAGUGCCAACUGUGGGUGGUGGAGGACCAGACAAUUAACCAUAUUGAUGGAGACUUUGAAGACUACAAGAGAGAAGUGCUGGAGGCUCUUGGAGAAACCCUGGUCAACAAGCCUAAAGAAUGAGCAACAGCUGGUUUUAAUAGCGAGGAUGUCAAACUGUCACUGAAGGGCCGGCUGGUGGAUGUUUUAAUUUUGUUUCCCAAGCCCUCAAUUGAAACUUACAAAAGGUUCUCUCUUUAAAUUGAAAGAUCAGGCUGAGUAGCUGCAUGCAACCAGUCUAGGGUGAUAUGUAGAAACCCCAAAGUAGCAGUGUUGGUAUAGGAUGUUUUUUUGGGGGGGGCGGGGUACUUUUACUCACCAACAAUUUUGUAGAUCUUUAUAUUCAGGCCAUAUCAUUACCAGCUCUGUUCAUCUGUGUGAUGCAGUGCUAUAAAACAUAUGUAAUAGAUCACCACAUAGGUCUUGUCAAAGGCUUGAGGUGUGCAGUUUGAUAACUGAUAUACAUUUAUGCAUACCUUUCAGCAUUAAACCACUGUUGCAGAAUGAGUACUUCAGCUCAGAUCAUUAAAUCAUGAUAAAAUCCUUUUGUGAUGGAUUUUGCCAGCAUACUGGACCAGCUGUUUUUUUGUUUUUUUUUAGAUAGAAGUCAACCUCUCUUUUGAAUGUUGAAAUACAUAACUAUUGACUAACUUGAACUGAAUGUAAAGUAUAAAGCAUCCAAAUGUUGUCAUGUAAAAGCAAAUAAAAUGAUUUUUGCAACAAA